AUGAUACUAGAUAACAGAUUCUAAAUUGGAAGGAAAAUCGGAAGAGGUUUAUCAGGAAAAAUAUAUGAAGCUAUUGAUUAGAAAAGUAAUCAAAAAUGUGCAGUUAAAUUUAUAGAAUAAGUAAAAAACUUGCAUGAUGUUGGAUUUAUUCACAGAGAUAUCAAGCCAAAUAAUAUUUUAUUUAACAAUCCAUUAAUUGAAGAUAUCCAAGAUUAUUCAUAUUCUGAAGUCAACCUUAUUGAUUAUGGUAUAUCUAAGAGUUAUUUAACCAAGGAUGGAUGGCAUAUUUUGAAUGAGAAAUAAUCAAGAUUCACAGGAAACUUAUUAUUCAGCAGCGUUUUUCAAAUGAGAUUUUAAGUUAUGACUCUUUUCCGUUCACAAAAGAAAAAUUCAAUAGCGUGGUGGCUCUUAAAGAAGAAUUUUAUUAGAAACUAUGCCAAGAUAGCCAUGCUUUGUAAACAAUCCAGUUAGCCCAAUGAAGACCCAAAGUAAUUUUCUUCUCAUAAAUAGUUUAGACAAAGAAACAUUACUAGUUUAAUCAUAUAAAAAAUCAUAGUUUAAAAAGAAGGUUGA